CGUCGACAUCUUGACGUCCCGGCCUUCGAACAUCUUCACGCCUCGUCCGUCGCCUCUCCGCUCUCCAAUUGCACGUCCACACCGCUGCAAUGGCCUCCAUCAUGCGCCCCGGGCUCCUCAGGCAAGCCUGCCAGACGCCCGCCGCCUCGCAGCGCAUGCUGUCGACCAUGGCCGGCUCCGCAAUCAACCGACCGAUCGCCCAGCAGCUUCGCCCAGCCUUUGCGCGCUCAGCAAUCCCCAAGUCCACGCGAAUUGCUGCCUUCCAUGCCACCCAGCGCAACCAGAUCCUGCCGCCGCUGCCCCAGACCAUCGUCGGGACGGCGAACGACCCAGUUCCCGUGCCUAACCCAUCACCCUCACAUGGAAACUAUCACUGGACUUUUGAGAGGAUCGUCGCAGCCGGCCUCAUUCCCGUGACCAUUGCGCCUUUCGCCGCUGGAUCGCUGAACCCCGUCACCGAUUCCAUUCUCUGCGCUCUGCUCAUCAUACACUCACACAUUGGCUUUGAAGCAUGUAUCAUCGAUUACUUCCCCAAGAAGCGUGUCCCCCGCGUCCACAAGGCAUCGUUGUGGGCUCUCCGGGCUGGAACCGUCGCCCUCGGUCUGGCGCUGUACUCUUUUGAGACGAACGAUGUCGGUAUCACCGAGGCUAUAACAAGGUUAUGGCAUGCUUAGAAUAGGCAAGGUCGUGUACAAUAAAUAUAAGAGCUUUCAAUGUUUGAUUACCAAGUUAAAAUUCCAAAGGCAAAUGUGGCAAUAAGCGCCUCCUCCAAUAUGCCAGGAAAUGAAGCAAUGCCGUAUUCGGAAGAGCAUUUGAGUCGCUUAUACAUGAUAGAACGGCC